UCCAAUCUUUUGUAAUCUGCCAAAUAAGGAGAAAAAAAAGAUGCCAUUGUAACUCCAUGCUUGGAUCCAACCUAGCUUGAGUGGAGUUGCAGAAAGAUGGGUCAGGUAGUUUGGCUGAUCAUGGAGCACUGGAGGUAUAAAGCUGUGGAGUGUGCAUCGUUGGGAGGGAAUGAACUUGCUGCGGGAAAUGUGAAGCUGAAAUUUUGAUUUCUUCUACACUGGAAGCAGCUUUCCCUUCUUUCUUAAUUCCCUUAUCUCCCUAUCCCUUCCUGUUUCCAACCAAGACACUGAAUCAGAGGCUCUUUUGAGAUAAUGUUGAGAGCAAGACAGAUCGGUACAUAGGCCUGAAAAUAUUCUUAUUGUCAUUGUGCUUUUCAAUGUUGGGGACACUAGGAUCUGAAUAGUGGCACUGAAUCUGUUUACUGUAAGCAGAUAAUGUUGAGAGCAAAACAGAUCGGUACCCUUUCACAGUGUGCAAGAACUUUCUUCCUUAAUGGUUCAAGAUGUAGUGCUGCAGAUGGAAGUUCAUGCACCUGCACUGAAGAUGAAAAUUGUGUCUCAAAAAAGCAGCAAAGAAGUAAUGAAGUUUUGCAAACACAGAAGACUGUGGGGCAAGAUGGAAGUCUACCAUCGGGAGAUGCAGUAGUUGGUCAUCACAGAGCAGAGAGUGGUGUCCUUCCAGUCCCAGUCCCAGUCCCGCAUAUUCUACCCUCUCCCACUUCUUCAGCAAGGUCUGAUGAUUCAAUUUAUGUAAGUGGCAGUGGCAAUGUCCAUGCUGCUCAGAAGGAUUUGGUGCAUACAUCCACCCUUGUUACUGACCACUUUGUCAAGGCUGGCUUUGCAGCAGUUAAUUUCCUUUCUGAUUUGGCAAAUUACAAGAUACCUACAUCAGAUGGAAGUGGGGCAGUUCUCUCAUCUCAGAACUGUAUGAUUGAUUCUACUAGGCCCAUUUCCAAUGUAAGGUCAUCAAAUGGGAAGCCUCAUAAAAUAGACUACUCCAAAUCCCAUGGGAAACCAUCAGUCGAUAUGACAAGAGAGCCCAACUCUGCGACUCACUAUAAUGGUUCUAAAGGUAAGUGUGUAAAAUCUGGUACAGUGAAAGGUGUUGACAAAGCUCCAAGCACAGCAGUGGGGAAUUCAGUAGAGACUCAGAACUUGCCUUCAGAUUGUGGGAGGCGCUCAAUACCACUACGACACAAAACUGAUGAUGCAUACCACUUAAUUCCCAACUCCAAUUCCAAAGGACGAACUUCAGAAGAUAAAGUUUUGGGAGGCAUUGCUGAAGGUUUUAAAUCCAUUGAUAAGGUUCAGAAGCCCCUGAGAUAUACAAAAAAGCCAACUGGAUCCACCUCAAUGACCAGGCAGUCUGUAAAAACUGGGCCUGCUAUGGAACAUGCUUAUCAAAUUCUGCAGCAGAUGAGGUGGGGCCCAGCAGCAGAACAGGCUCUUGGGAAUCUUGGCUGCUCAUUUAAUGCCUAUCAAGCAAAUCAAAUUCUAAAACAGCUUCAAGAUCAUUCAGUUGCUCUCAGUUUUUUCUGUUGGUUGAAACGCCAGCCGGGAUUCAAACAUGAUGAAUAUAGUUAUACCACCAUGGUCGGCAUUCUUGGACGUUCCAGACAGUUCAAUGCCAUAAACAAUUUGCUGGAUGAGAUGGUCAGGGAUGGCUGCCACCCUAAUGUUGUUACAUAUAACCGACUGAUUCAUAGUUAUGGCCGUGCAAAUUACAUGGAUGAAGCAAUCGGUGUUCUGUACCAGAUGCAAGAGGCUGGAUGCGAACCUGAUCGAGUAACCUACUGCACGCUAAUUGACAUCCAUGCAAAGGCAGGGUUUCUUGAUGUUGCAUUGGACAUGUAUCGAAGGAUGCAAGAGGUGGGUCUUUCUCCGGAUACAUUUACCUAUAGUGUAAUAAUCAACUGCCUUGGGAAAGCUGGUCAUCUAGCUGCUUCUUACAAGCUGUUUUGUGAGAUGAUUUCUCAUGGUUGCGUUCCUAAUUUGGUUACAUACAAUAUCAUGAUUGCAUUGCAAGCAAAGGCAAGGAACUACCCUAGUGCAUUACAGCUGUACCGGGACAUGCAGACUGCAGGAUUCCGACCUGAUAAGGUGACAUACAGCAUUGUGAUGGAGGUCCUUGGCCAUUGUGGGUAUCUUGAUGAAGCAGAAGCUGUCUUUGCAGAAAUGAAACAGAACAACUGGAUUCCUGAUGAACCUGUGUAUGGUCUCCUGGUUGACUUGUGGGGAAAAGCAGGCAAUGUUGACAAGGCUCGAGGAUGGUAUCUUGCAAUGCUCAAUGAUGGUCUACACCCUAAUGUACCGACAUGCAAUUCUUUGCUUAGUGCAUUCCUUAGAGUUCACCGGUUCGCUGAUGCCUACACUAUGCUGCAGAGUAUGAUGAGAUCAGGUCUGCAACCUUCACUGCAGACAUAUACAUUGCUCCUUAGCUGCUGUACAGAAGCACAGUCUCCACUGGAGAUGAGCUUUUGUUCUAGGCUAAUGGCUCUUACUGGCCACGCUGCUCAUGCAUUCCUACUGUGCCUACCUGCUGCAGGACCAGAUGGGCAGAAUGUAAGAGAACAUGCUAGCAACUUCUUGGAGCUUGUACACAGUGAGGAUAGGGAAAGCAAGAGGGGACUUGUGGAUGCAGUUAUAGAUUUCCUUCAUAAGUCGGGCCUCAAGGAGGAGGCAGGCUCAGUCUGGGAGGUCGCUGCACAGAAGAAUGUCUACCCAGAUGCAAUAAGAGAGAAAAGAUCCUGCUAUUGGCUUAUCAACCUUCAUGUUAUGUCAGAUGGAACUGCCAUUACAGCCUUGUCAAGGACGCUUGCCUGGUUCCGCCGCCAAAUGCUUGCGUCAGGCGUUGGACCCAACCGUAUCGAUAUUGUGACAGGAUGGGGCAGACGCAGCAGAGUAACAGGAUCUUCUCUUGUUAGACAGUCAGUGGAAGAGCUUCUUCAUAUUUUUCAGUUUCCUUUCUUUACUGAAAGUGGAAACUCUGGGUGUUUUGUGGGGUGUGGUGAACCUCUCAACAGAUGGUUGCUUCAUUCCUAUGUAGAACGAAUGCACUUACUUUAGUUGGUGAUCAUAGCUCAAUUUUUAGCAUAGUUGCAAUUUUGUGUGAAGGGGAAGGUUAGUUAUUUAUGUACGUAACUGAAAUUCAAGGCUGUUCUUAUGAACAGCAGUGUUGAAUCAAAUGAGUUUUAAGAUUAGCUUAAGGCAUUGGCUACCAAUGAAAAUUGAAUGUUAUUGCA